AUGUUGUUGCUGAUCUUUGAGGAGGAAGAUGAGGAGCUCAAGCUGGAAUUGUGUUUUGAGUCCAUUGAUGUGCUGGGCAUGAUCCAACUGCAGGGCAUGAUCAAGAAGGUGAGGCCCAAGUUGAUCAUGGCACUUGACCUCUGUGCCAGGCUCAAGCAUGAGGCCUCCAAGCACAACCCCACCAAGUCACCCAGCAUCAGCUAUCCUCCUGGCUGGAACCUUGGCCAGACUACUUACAGCUAUCACAACAGCAAGUUGCACAUCAUCAACACAGUCAUUACUGUGGCCUGCCAUCACAUGCACCAGCCCAUCUGCCUUGCUGGGACUGGGAGCAUCCUCUGCAAUGCUGAGAAUGUGCUUGGGACUCUCAUCAAGCUUGAAGCCAGAAUUGAAUGCCACUAUGACAAUGUGUUGAACGUCCUCAAUGACAAGAAAGACCCCAGUGUGGCUCCCUUCUGUGAAGCUCACAAGAUUGUGAAGAGACUCCAGGAGAUGAUGUAUGAGUAUGCUGAGAAGAUCCACAAGUGUCCCUACCCUGGCUGUGGCAAUCCCCUCCUGGCAAGACAACUCCUGCUAUGA